AUGGCGCUCGAUCUUGUUGUCAAAGUUCACCCCGUGGUUUUAUUUCAAAUAGUCGAUGCAUUUGAGCGUCGUAAUUCUGAUUCACACCGUGUAAUCGGUACUUUACUUGGUACCGUCGAAAAAGGAGUGGUUGAAGUAACGAAUUGCUUCUGUGUCCCUCACAAGGAAUCCGAUGAUCAAGUAGAGGCAGAAUUGAGCUACGCGAUGGAUCUUUAUGAUCUGAAUCAUCGUGUAAAUGCUCAAGAAAACAUUGUCGGCUGGUGGGCUACUGGCAAAGAGGUAACCACGCAUUCGUCGGUUAUCCAUGAGUAUUAUGCACGAGAGUGUAAUAAUCCAGUCCAUUUAACGGUUGACACUACGCUGGUGAAUACAACGCGUAUGGGAAUUAAAGCUUAUGUCUGUGUACAACUUGGAGUACCGAAUGGCAAACAAGGAUGUAUGUUUACUCCUACUAAAGUUGAGAUUACAUGCUAUGAGCCAGAAAUCGUCGGACUUCAGCUGUGCCAAAAAACACAGAAAGCUCCAUCAGGACAAACUAAAUUAGGAGGCGGAGUUGAGCCAAUGAUGGAUCUUGCGCAAAUUGCUGAAGCUAGCUCUAAAUUGGCGACAAUGUUGGAACAAGUUUUAGCUUACGUUGACAAUGUGCUUGACGGCAAACAGCCUCCAGACAACCAGGUUGGCCGAGCGCUUCUUGAUAUGGUUAACUCUGUUCCUAAGAUGACAAGUGAUCAAUUUGACGAGAUGUUCAACAGCAACGUCAAGGACCUUUUGAUGGUUGUUGCAUUAUCACAAUUAAUAAAAACUCAACUUCAGCUCAAUGAGAAGCUUACACUUUUAACUACUUUGUAA